AUGGCGCCCAAUCCAUUGGCAUCUCUACGAGUCUCCCGACACCAGAUCCCAGCACACAAUCUCAUACCCAACACCAGCAUCCAGAACAAGCCUCUUCUGCACUACCACGCGGCCUUCCCACCGGCAUCGAUCACAGCCUCGGCCAUCGAGUCACACCUCACUUCGGUCGGGGUCGUGGAGCCUCAAUGGCGCUUCACCAUGUACAGCACCACGCACUUCCACUCCACGGCGCACGAGGUGUUGUGCGUCAGCGACGGCAAGGCGAAGCUGUGCUUCGGCGGCGAGGAGAACUCCGGCAAAGUCGAGAAGGUGGUUGAGAAGGGCGACGUGCUUGUGAUUCCCGCCGGAGUAGGCCACAGGCUGCUGGAGGACCUCACGACAGGAGGCGGCUUCCAGAUGGUGGGCAGCUAUCCCAAGGGUUGCAAUUGGGAUAUGUGCUACGGCAAGAAAGGGGAGGAGUCAAAGGUGCGGAGUAUCGGAAAGCUACCGUGGUUUACGAGGGACCCGAUCUAUGACGAUCACGGGCCGGCCCUCGAGGUUUGA